AUGGGUGGAAGAUUGACACUAAUCAAUUCAGUACUUGAUGCUCUUCCAACUUACAUGAUGUCCCUUUUUCCUAUCCCACUAGGGGUCACCAAGAGGCUGGACAGUAUUAGAAUGAAAUUUUUGUGGCAGGGCAAUAAGGAAAAGAAAGGAUUUCACUUGGUAAAGUGGAAAUCAGUGAUAACUGGGAAGAAAAAUGGUGGUCUGGGGAUUAAGAACCUAAACUUGCAAAGUAAAGCUCUUCAAAUGAAAUGGUUAUGGAAGUAUGUAAAUGGUAACCAAUUGUUGUGGGAAAGGGUGAUUGAGGCUAAAUAUAUACCAGAAGACAAAUGGAUGACCAAAGAGGUGACUACUCCUUAUGGAGUCAGCCUUUGGAGGUCCAUUAGGAAUCUAUGGGAUGAAGUGAAGAACAACUCAAAGCAAGGGUUUAUAGCAGAUUUAUGGACACUACAGGGGUGGAAUUUCAACUUCAGAAGACAUCUAAAUGACUGGGAAGUUCAGAGAGUAGCUGAUUUUCUUAACACGGUGGAACCUUUCAAUGGACUUCAAAUAAGGAAGGAUGUUCUAUGGUGGAUAGGAAACAAUAGAGGAGUAUACAAAUUGGCCAAGAAAGCAGCUCUUACUCAAGACAAUGUCAUGAAGAGAGGGAUAACCUUAUGCUCUAGAUGCUUUCUCUGUGGGGAGACUUUAGAGAAGAUUUUUUUGAGUCACAAAGGCAUCUCCUGGACUAUGCCUGGGAAAGUUUCAGAGGCUUUGGCUUUAAAGAGCUGGGAGGAAGCAAGAGUACUGGCAAAAGACAGAGGCAAAUGGAGACUUAUCCCUGCUUCAAUAUGGUGGGCAAUAUGGAAAGAGAGGAACUCUAGGUGUUUUGAGAGCAUAGAAAAUAGUGUGCAGAAAGUGAAGCUCAACUNNGGAAAGUUUCAGAGGCUUUAA